UUUCCCUCAGACCGUAGUUGUCGACUCACGCGCGCAUGAUUCGAUUUUGCCGGUGGCUACGGCGACGAAAUUUUCGACCGCGCACCUAACCCGUGGUGGUACAAUCACACGUACCGCGUCACGUUGCCGAUCCAGUUCGACGUGUCCAAGUGAACAUCGUUACCUAUCACCUAUCGCCAGACACGAUCUCGAUACCGUUGUGCGAGCACAGACCCGUUGGCAGUGUGAAAAGAACGUAAAAAAUACCUACGCGAAUCUCCCGUUCUCACGGACUUUCUCUAACUGUGGCCGCCGCACACGUUUUCCACUUUAGCAACCGUUUGGAGGGGUGACCACCAGUCUUCCGCGAGCUGUCAAAUGGGCUCGAUCGCAUCCAAGAGCACUGCUGAAGACUGUUAAUCCGGUAAAUCAUACAGGGAUUGAAUGUUAUUUAGUCGGAGACUAGUAUUUAGAAGUAGUAUACAUUCCCAAUUACAUGUGAUUUGCAGAACAAUGUCGGGUCCCAGUGAUGAUAUUAUUGAACAAAUUGUAUGUAAAGAAAGUGACAUUACCAAUAAUGGAAUGCAAGAAUUCGAGGUUGGAAAUAAUGGCAAUAAAGUUUUAAUUGUAAAACAAAAAAAUGAGUUUUAUGCUCUGGGUUCAAAGUGUUCACAUUAUGGUGCACCUUUAGUCAAAGGUGCUCUAGGAGAUGGUACAGUAAGAUGUCCUUGGCAUGGAGCUUGUUUUAAUUUGAAAACUGGAGACAUUGAGGACUACCCGGGUUUAGACAGUAUUCCAAGUUUUAAAGUUACCGUUACCAAUGGAAAUGUAAAAGUUUCAGUCAAAAAAUGUGCACUUGAAAAUUCAAAACAUGUGAAACCAUUAACCAAACGCAAUUUAGAAAAUAAGUGUACAUUUGUUGUUGUUGGAUGUGGUCCUGCUGGUACUUGUUGUGCAGAGAAAUUGAGACAAGAAGGAUUUGAUGGUCGUUUAAUUAUGAUCACAAAAGAGAAUUAUUUACCAUAUGAUCGUACAAAACUCAGUAAAGCUUUGAGUGCAGAUGUUAAUAGUAUAUUGUUACGUUCUCAAGAGUUUUACAAUUCAGGAAAUGUUGAAGUUUUGACAAAAACUACCAUAGAAUCUAUUGAUACAAAUAAAAAAAUUAUUUAUCUAUCUAACAAUGAACCAAUUUCAUUUGACGCCAUGUUUAUAGCUAGUGGAAUGACACCACGUUCAACACCUGAAGUUUCUAAGUAUGAUAAUGUCUUUACUCUGCGUACAGUAGAUAAUGCUAAUAAAAUCUCUCAAAGCUUGUCUUCUGAUUGUCAUCUAGUCAUAAUUGGAACCUCAUUUAUUGGCAUGGAAGUGGCUGCAGCAGCUAAAGCUAAAGUAAAAUCAGUGCAUGUAAUUGGCCGCAGUGAUGUACCUUUUAAAGAGAGUUUAGGAACAGAAAUGGGUGAACGAGUGCAAGAAUUGUUUGAAUCCAAAGGUGUUGUCUUUCACAUGAAAGCAAGUGUCAAAAAUUACAUUGGAUACAAUAACCGUCUUUCUGAAAUCGAACUGGCUGAUGGACAAAAAUUAAAGGCAGAUGUAUGCAUCAUGGCAACUGGAUCUAAGACUAAUACUGAGUUUUUGUCUGGUUCUGGUAUUACUCUUAAUCCUUCCAAUGGUACAAUUGAAGUCGAUGAAAAUUUAGAAACCAAUGUAGAAGGAAUUUUUUCUGGUGGAGAUGUAGCAAACGCUCCAGUAUAUUCUGCUAACACUAAAGCAUCUUUGGGACAUUGGCAGCUGGCUACUUAUCAUGGAAAGAUUGCUGCAUUACAAAUGCUUGGCAAGAAAACUCCCAUAAAAUCUGUACCCUUUUUUUGGACAGCACUAUUUGGCACUAGCAUACGUUUUGCCGGAUAUAAUCGUGGUUAUACUGAUGUUAUAAUUAAUGGAGAUCUUGAAAACCUUAAAGCAGUUAUAUACUAUUGCAAAGGAAACGAUGUAGUUGCAGUAGCAACAGUUGGAAGUGAUCCAAUUGCUGCUCAAUUUGCUGAUCUCUUACGAAGUGGCAAAACAUUGAACAAAAACCAAGCCAUCGAUAACAAAUGGUUGACCGAGGAAGAAGAUGCAGUUAUGUGCACCAGACUUUGAUUAACUAUACUUUGAAUCAAAAUUAUUCUCUUAUUAUUAUUAUAUUUCUAAUAUUAUUUUGUUAACUAGUAAACAUAAGUAUAUCACAUUUAUGCACCUAAA